CGAAGAUGUGGUGAUCGGUUUCCGUGGAUAUUUAGGUUAAAUUUAAGGUUUAGUUGGUGUCCCUAGCUUAGUUUCAUUCUUUUACACACCCAUUUUGUACAUUUCAUACAGUGUGUAGUCGAAGCAAUCAUGGAUUUGGAAGGCAGCGAGUUGUCGGCGUUAGAAGAGCAACUCUUCUCAUCACUCCAUCAUACGUUCGAUGAGUCCGCGAACCAGGACGGUAACAUGCAGUGGCCCCAAUCGUUCGUCGGAGCUACCUCCACGCCGUCUAGGGUUGUCUCGAACACGGCGAUCGUGAAUAUCCAACCGAGGGCUUCUAAAAUGAAACGCUACUGGGCACCCAACACUCCACAGCAACCUGCGCGUCCCUUUUUAUCAUCCAACAGAAACAAGACUGAAGCGCGAGUGUUCCCUAAGAGUGCUACCGAUUCGAUCCAACCGAUGGCCGCAAAUCCACGACAACAAACCGGUACACAGUUAACUAGCACCGAUCACAGCACUGGCGAACCGAAAAGAUCAUUCAUUGUCCCCUACCAAUCGCUGUUGGGCAAUUGUUUGCAGAGAAAUUCCGGUACCAGCGGUAAUGAUGCAGGCAAUUCCGCCACGAAUGCCGCACAAAGUCCUGGGACGAAGGAAAAGAAACGAAAGAAGAAACAGUCUCCGAAACACCCAGUUGAAAAGAGGCUGGCAAGUUUGGUAAAUCUGGUCGAAGGGAGUGAACAGAGGGAGGUUACUAAGCAGCGAAUCCAAGCGAAGAAAAGCAAAGCAACCACAGUGCGGAACAAAUUAGCGGAUAAAGUUGGAUCUAAGCUACGAGUUGUUGCCGAAAUUUCGCUCGAUUCAUCGGAAGAUGAAGCGAAACCACCGUCGAGAGCGACCAAACUGAAACCGAGCAGUGUUCCUCCGUCAGAUGAGGACACGACCGACGUUGAGCUCAUCCCUGCACCUCCACCGCCCAAAAUCUGCAUCGAUUGCAGCGAUGAUGAGGUGGCUCAGGACAGUUUCGUUUUGCCGAAAUCGAAGAGAACCAAGAAGAAAAAAGGACCAAUGACAGCAACCUCACCGCGCUGUCUUAGCCCUUCAAACAGCUCGAUCAUGUCCGACGACUUCAUUGGCCACAACGAUCGCUCUCGCUUGAACGAUAGCUUUGCCGAAUCUAUUCCCAACGACGAUGAGUUAGAAACAGAAUGUUUGCUGAGAGAAUCCCUUCAAGCCAAUACGAAAUCCAGAUCAAUAACCAACAAACGAGCCCCUUCGGUUUCGUCGGACGGUACCAUUGGCACAGGUAGCGAUGUCACUGACCAAGAUAGGAAUACGAGUCUAGAUACAAGCAGCAGUAAAACACCGAAAGAAGCUCUUUUAUCUACGCCUCGUAUAACCGAUCAACCAGACGAAAUAUCAGGAGGUAACCCACAGCUUGGCAAACCAUCGCAAACUGGCGAGGAGAUGGUUUCAAAAGCUAAAAACAAAUCGAAGAAAGCUGCUGCUAUCAACACCAUCAUUCGAUCAAAAUCUCACUCUCCAGCAUCACAUGGAACAAUCGCCGAGGAUCAAAUGAUUGAAGAAAACAAUGACACGGCAAAUGCUCCUAUCGUAGAGCAACAUCCUAUUCCGAAAGGGAAAACAAAAUCUAAAAAUAAAGCCAAUCAAUCUUUUACGGUAGAACGAACCGAUGCAGCGGCAGUCCCCAUUGGCAAAACUGCAUCAAAACCAUCCGUGCGCUCAAAGCAUGACACGGAAUCGGAAAGCAUGUAUCAGGAGAUUUCUAAAAUCGGUACCAAGAAGAAAAACGACACUGUGUGCUACGACGACAGUAGUAUUUCAUCGGAGAGCGAUUACAACAUAACUUUGAUCAGCAAUAAAUCAUCAGCAACUCCAACGGAAUCGAAAAAAUGUGGCUCUGGAAAUGAAGCAGCCAUCAGUUCCACAGUUCUCGAUCGCAUAGAAGAUGUUUCCUCCGAGAGUGACAUUGAAGAGUUUCUCCAACGAUCCUCCAAAGAGCCUGUUGUUUCAAAGAACAAACCAACAGCAGAAUCGGCCAAGGCAUCCAAAAAACGGUCGACAGGAACUAAGAGAAGAAGAAAGUAUAACUCUGAAAACCUUUCCGACGAAGAGUUUGCCUGCAUGCUAACAGACAUAAUUCAAGCUGUAUCAGAUGGCGACGACGACGAUGACGAGGAUGAUCUUGAAUUCGAGGAUCAAGAUAUUGAGCAACCAAAUCAGGCACCAGAUCAGAAAGCAGCUAUAAGUGCAGUAAUUGAACUAAGUCCUGAAGCUUCCUUCGAGCCGCAGCAACCAGCAGCGGAGGAAAAAGGAAAGAAAAAGAAGCGUCGCAAAGUUGCAGCCAGUGCCACUACUGUUACCUUAAGCGAUACAGAUGAUGAUGUCGUGGAAAUUUCGGAUGUAAGCACUCUGCAAGAAGAAAUGGAUGAUUCGUCUUUCCUACGGGAUGACACUCUGAUGACGGGAGAAACGAGUAGACCAGGUUGGAACAAGGAAAUGCACCUCUUCUAUAACAGCUCAAAAACAGAGAGUCAAUUCUGCAUGCGGCGUGUAAUGGAUGAUAUGCCACGUGAAGCAGACCAGUGGAAAAUCAUCGAUAAGGAUCGAUAUCCGGAUCCUCCAAAACGAGGUAAACCUUGUCACAAUUGCGGAGAACAAGGCCACCUGCGUUACAAAUGCCAAAAUGCUCCUAAGCCUCUCGUCUGUCGUAUAUGCGGCAAACAAGGUCACCAUGAACCACGCUGCCCGAUGACUAUUUGCCUAAAUUGCGGUAGUCGUACGCGUUCCUUCGUUUACGACUGUGCCAACUGUCGGCCAAACUUGAGGAAAAAGUGCCAUAUUUGCGGUAUUCUAGGGCAUUCCGCCACCAUGUGUCCUGAUAACUGGCGGCGAUAUCACAGCACGACCGAGGACAAUGUUCCGCUGGUACAAAAGUUCAAGCGAAACAACAAUGCGAAGCAAUGCAGCAUUUGUGGCCGAACAAACCAUCAGGCUCACAAUUGCUACGUGCCAUCACGCAUCUUUAGUUGCCCUAUACCGUCGGAGAACGUUCAUUCGUACAGACCGAUCUACCCUUUGGACAGCAGUGCAAGGAAGUCGUGUCCCCCAGAGGCCGGAUCAAGAUCGAAACAGUCCGAUGUGCAAGCCGGACAACAGGAAUCUGUAGUUAGUUUGCCCGACUAUGAGGCAAGCAGUUGUGAAUUACAUCUCGAAGUGCUUGUCGAAAAUCCGAAUGGAUUCUACCAUCGUUUUGUGGAAACAAUGGGUCUGCGCCAGGAACCACCAGAUCGGGGUGAACAGAUGAUCGUCACAGGAACUAAAGAUUCCGAAACAGAUGAGCAACAGCAGCAUCGCGGUUUAAGGGUUUUCCAGCGCAACAAAAAGUCCAAAAACGAUGGCCAUUCGUCCAGCACAGUUGGUGCAACUACAAAUGAUCAGCAAAAAGAAACACCUGUUUAUGUGAAAGAAGAGACCGGUGGGAUACUGGAGGAGAUUAAACCAACGGUAAAAAAGGACGAUGAUCCUACGGAAGUGGUAACACUUCCCGAGGCAAGCAUUACGGAAGAUUCCAACUACAGUUUCUCUGAGCUCCUGCCUCCUGAGGACAGCGAGGGGCAGCUUAGCAUGGCAACGAUUACCACCCCAUCAACCGAACCUCCCCAACCACAAUCUGUAGGCGCGGACCAUCCAAAAGAGCAACUCGAUUUCAUACCGCUUAGUGGUCCCAGCGAACAGUCAGAUUGUAACGUGAGCCAUGUAAAACCCCAUGACGAAUCCUCGGAUAAAAAACUAGUGGAAUCAGCCAUUGCUAACCAGCCUACGUCAAAUGCAAAAAUUUGUCUCAGCAAGGAGAAUGCAAAACUACUGCUGUCACUUCAUGGACAGGAGUUUCUUCAGUUGGCUAGGGUGAAACACGAGGUGACGCUAAUGAUUACAUUUGAAUUGGUAGGCAACGUAUUACAUGUAGGUGGUUCAGCGGCCCAGCAGGAUGCCUUCCGUUCGGAGUUGGUACAAUUCCUAAAGGAACAAGAACUUUCGGCAUACAACAAAAAGAUGAUUGUCAUAUCUAGCAUACCGAAGAAAUCUAGGAGAGCAGUCCGGCAUAUUACUUUGUUUUUCGAGCAGCUGCUGAAGCCAUUUGAUAGCGUUAAGAACCUUUUCGAUCGCUAUGUACACGCCCAGCAAAGCGGUUUGCAGUUGCAGGCGUGCGAAAAGGCACGCAGAACCUUGAACAUGGUCCUGUUCGGUGUGUAUGGUAUGCGAGAGGGUCGAACGCGGAUGAAUCAGCUGAUCAAGCAAGUAGCCGUACUCAAGAAGAAGCAACCGAAAGAGGAGCUCGAUCCAAGUUUGCGCCAAGUCAUAAAUGAACAUAUGGUCUAUAUUUUUAGCCCUUAUGAUCACGGCGAUUACAAACAAAUCUUUAUCGAGUUUCAACGCCUCCAUCAACUGCAGCAACUGAAGAAAUUCACCUUUGUGGAAUUAGGUUUGCCGGAUCCAAUCUUCUCCGACAUUUCCCUUUAUCCAAUGGUACAAGACGAAGAAGAGGAUUCCAAAGGGAAUGACUUCGCUUCACAGUUUGUAGAAAUCGUAAACCCUCAGAACACCAGGGAAUACAACGAAAAACUUAUGAAACGCCACAAAGUACCGUCUCUUGCGAAUAAGCUUGCCCUUCACAUUACCAUUCAUUUCAAGAGGCUCUUGAAGAGUUUCGAUAGUGUCAAAAAUAUGUUCCAGCGCUAUGUACGUUUUCAGCAGGAGGUAAUACAAUCGAAAGAAGUAGAAAAGGCACGUAUACAACUGAACAUGGUCCUAUUUGGUGUGUACGGUAUGCGUGAAGGACGAAAGCGCAUGAGUCAGUUGAUCCAAGCGGCGGGCACACUCAAAAAGUCUACUGAAACGAUCGACCCAAGUUCACAAAAAGCCAUAAAUGAAAAUUUGGCAUAUAUCUUCAGUUCGUAUGAUCAUGGCAACUAUACCAACAUCAUUGCCGAGUAUCAGCAGUUGAGGAAGCAGCAACGAUUGAGCAAGAUUACCGCGAAGGAUAUGGGUUUAAAGGGUCGUAUUGCCUUGACAGCAUGUCACUACUUUCCGACGAAGAAAAUUAAACUACCAGAUGCGAUGGAGAUAAGCAAUCUGGAAGAAGAAGAUGAUGAUGAUGAUGAUGAAGACGAAGAAGUCGACGGAGAAGUGGAGCAGCAACAAGAACUACAGCAGCCAAACAAUUCGAAUGGUGACCACGAUCCUAAGGAAGAGUCUCUCAUUCUGAACACGUUCGAUCAGAUGAUUGAUCCUCAGAGGCUGGAGUGGUUGGAUCGUGCUUCUCGCAACCAUGGCAACGAAGAAGAUUAUCAAAUGCCAGUACAUCUACCACAACUGGUCGAGAAUAUUCUCUUCUCGAAUUGUUCAUUCGCUGCAGCACAGCGUCAACAGCAGCAACAACAACACCAACAACAGCAACAUUAUCAGCACCAGCCCCAACAUUAUCGGCAUGACCGUUUUGCAUCGAUGAGAGCAGCCAGCAACGGCGGUGGUGGCGGUCGUGGAUAUCAUCGUGACAAUAGUCAGCGUUCAAAUUCUUUCACACAACCAAACCCACGACGGCCAUCCCCCAAAUUGCGGCAGAUAAUGGCGGAACAGGAAGAUAAAAUACUCCGCUGCCUUCGUCUGGCUCACUGUAACAGAAGAAUGAGGCACCUGACCGAUCGGAUUGAUUUCAUUAGUAAAAGAGCACAGAAGGGUCCUCUGCGUCUCAUUGAUCGGGUGGAACUCGAUAAAAUACUCCAUACUUUGUCCAACAAAAGGCAGCCAAUGCAAACGGCCAAUCGGGGGCGUCGAGUCAAUGCACGUUGUACACCAAAUUACCGACAUUCUUACUAGCGAAAUAUUGAAAUGAUCCGGUAGGUAGUUAGGUACCCCAUACGAUUCACGGCAGGGAUAGGGUUCGGAUAAUUAUGCUGCUAAAAUAAGAUCGCCACGGAUAUCACGGGUCGUGAACCAUGCGUCAAGGGUUGUGUGACAAGGUUCGAAAUAUAAACGUCUUGUAUAUUAAAAAAAAAAAA